CCACUCAGAUUAGAGCUCAACAUUGUGUACAAGAAAGGAGUUAUUUUAGCUGGUUACCUCUCGGCAUAUUCCUGUUACCCAAUGGUGUCCAGUUUUGCCGCUUUGUUUCCGUUUCUCAUGACCGGGAAUCACCUUACAGCUCAAAAUGUCUUCACUACUCUGGCUUUGCUGGGUGCACUCCAAAAACCAGUCACUGUUCUGUUUUCAUACGAGUUCCGCGCUCUUUUCCAAACAUUUACAACACUUGAACGAGUAGAGUCGUUUCUUCUUGACGAUAAUUGUGAUGUACCGGUAUCUUCCACUCAAAAAUGGAAUCCAUCACAAUCAAAGGACCCAACUGGCAUAAGCGAAACACAAUUAAACGAAAAUCAGUUUUUAGCAGUGGAACCAACUUUUCUGACGAAUCAUGUUUGUAAUAAAGGCGAGCCGUUCCUUUGUUUAAACAGAGUUAAAACCCGUCCAAGGGAUGACUCUUUCAAUUUAUGUCUAUGUAUUUCCGACCGUAAGUUGAUCGGAAUCACAGGCCCGGUGGGUUGCGGAAAAUCGACUCUUUUUGACUUAAUCCUUGGCGAAAUACCAUCAGCUUAUGGUCAAAUUACUCGUCAGGGACAAAUUGCUUACGUUUGCCAAACACCGUGGGUGUUUUCGGGAACAAUCCGUGAAAAUAUCAUUUUUGGAAAGGAGUUCAACCAAGAUACUUUUGAAAAAGCUAUCGAGGCUUGUUCGCUGAACGAAGAUCUGAAGUCUCUUUCCUGUGGUGAUCUGACUUAUGUCGGGGAACGCGGGGUAAGUUUGAGUGGCGGUCAGCGUGCACGGCUAAACUUGGCACGCGCAGUGUAUUCUGAUGCCGACAUUUAUCUUCUGGAUGAUCCGCUUAGCUCUGUUGACGCGAAAAUAUCGAAUGAAAUUUUUCAGAGGUGUAUCUGUGGCACUUUGUCCGAUCGGAUCCGACUGUUAAUUACCCAUCAAGCUCGUUUCCUUGGAAAGACAGAUCUGGUUCUUUUGAUGGACAAGGAAAGCAAGAUGACUAAAAGCAUUGGUAAAGAGCUUAGAGAAUUGGAAGAAUUCUUUGAAAUUUCUGCAGCAUCCUUUGAUAAAGCAAACGAAAGAGGCCUUUUUAGUAAUCUGGUGCCAUAUGGAGCCCCGAUGACAAAGACUGGUAACUCCUCUCGUUUGGAAAUCGAGGAAGAAGAUCGCCUAACUGGUUCCGUUUCCUAUAAAACUUACUGGACGUACCUUGCAUACGGAGUGUCAAACUUCUUCAUAAUGAUCUGGGGAGCUUUAGUAGUAUUACCUGAAGGUUAGUGAAAUAUAAUCAUUGCAGAAAACACUUAGCACAUUUACGUAUGAGACCUUAUCUAGAAAGCAAAUCGCGCCAUCUAAGCAAUCUAACCAGGAAGGAUGCGGGUUUAGGGAAAAUUCAAGACAAUUAUGCAGACCGAAGAGGCAGGAAAGCGUUUGGACAACUUUUGAAAACUAGAUGGAGCUAAGACCCAUGAAAAACGCAGAAAACUGAUUCGAGAGACCCUUGCCCAACGCAGGUAGCUCAACCUUGCACAAUCAGCCUCCACAAAUAUGCAACUUGCUUUUGCGCAGUGGUAAAAAUACAAGGAUUUGUAUGGGAGUAAACGGUCGCACUCUCAACCAAGAAUUCUGAAGUAGUUUUGCAUAAAAACAAACUUACCUUGCUUAAGUAGUUGUUCCUUUAUGUCUUGUGAGAUGUUUUAGCUUAGUUAGGGCCUUUUAAUUAGCUCGGUUUUAGUGGUAUUUCGCCCAUUGCGCAAUUUUUUUAAUAACAGAGGGUCAAUGUUCUACCUGUGUUUAACAUUUUCUUAAUCUGUUAUCCUGAGAUUUAAAUUUCCUCACAGUGAUAAAUCCUAGUUCAAGUUUUUGAUCCAUGCUCCUGUUUGGCGUUUCCGUGUUUCUUCAGUUGAUGUCGUCUACAAUUUCACGCGUUAUUGUGAUGUAUUCUAAUCAAUUCCAUAAACAGAUGGUCAACACUGAAGUCGCCUUAAAAUUGUUUGUCCUAUCCCUCAGUCCAAAUUUUAUUAUUCUAUGCACUUUUUAUUGCCCUUGGAACUUUCGCUGAGGUGUAAACAAUAACUUCAAAGAACUAUCCACCAAUUUUGGUCAAUUUUUUUUAAAUCAUCAUCAAUCGAUCAAGCUAUUGAGCAACAUUUAGAAUACCUCAUGGAAAGUGUGCACGUAUGGUAUUUACACCCGAGAAGGUGGUAACGGAAAUCGAAUGAGUGGUCGUAGUGAACGAGUGAAAUUUCUGAAACAUAUGGUGAUUUUGUUGACUGUUUGAAUAGGUAGUCAGAAGAAGGUUCAGUUUGUUAUGGUCUGCCCUGCUGUUGAAUAACAAUUAUUUUUUGUGUGUUGAAGUGGUUUUAGGAUGAAUAAAUAAUACAUGUAAUUUUAUUUACCCACCGAAAGAAACUCAAGGGCUCGAAACUGUCCAUUUCCUUGUUGACAGGAGCUGUUUUAGCUUCCAGCUUUUGGCUUGCAUAUUGGACAAAGCAAUCGUGGGAAGAUCAACAGAAAGCUAAAAACGCUUAUGUCUACAUCGGUCUGGCUAGUAGCUGCUUCAUCUUCGCUUUAACCCGCUCCUUUCUAUCCUUCUACGGAAUGAUCAAGAGUUCUUCUCGCCUGCAUGCCGCCAUGCUGACUUCACUGUUGAGAGCUCCUGUUUCUUUCUUUGAUGUGAAUCCAGCUGGUCGUAUCUUAAAUCGCUUUGCUAAAGACGUUGGGUGCAUGGAUGAAGUAUUACCCUAUGUCCUUUCAGAGUCUGUUCAAUACGCCAUGUUCACCAUUAGUAUUUUGGUUUUGAUAUCUGUUGCUAACGUGUGGAUCAUUGGAGCAAGUGUGCCUUUCACAAUUCUGUCGCUGUAUGUUAGCAAACGCUAUACAAUCACAGCACGUGAGAUCAAGAGAAUUGAAGCCAUCACGAACAGCCCAGUAUGCUCACACGUAACAGACACAAUUCAAGGCAUCACGACAGUUCGUGUGUACAAAAGAGAGGCAGUAUUCCUGGACCGUUUUUACAGGUAACUCAAAGCUAAAUAGAAAGAUCGUCAUUUAAUUAACUUAAAAGGUAGUGGGGGGGGGGGGGGGAGAGGGAGCGGCUGGUGCAUGAUGAUACAGGGUUUUUUUUUAACUUUUUGACGGGAAACUUAGUUUCAUUUUAUAACAACAAAGGAAAUGCUUGAAUACGCUAUUUCUACCACCUAAAGGCCGAUUUGCAGUUGUCAUCUGAUCUUUAAAAUCAUUACUUUCUAUUUUCAAAGCAAAUUUUAAUUUUUGAAGCAAACAAAAGUGUCGUCAGCAUGUUCUAUACUCUCAUAGAACACACUAAAAUAAGCCAAUCAGAAUCGUUUUGAGAAGAGUCCAAAUAAUCUGAUUUGUUGAAUAAGUUUAAAGCUGCCAAAAAUGUCAAACCAUCCUAGUUCGCAAUCUGCAAUAGUUCACAAACUGAUGUAGUUCGGCAGGUCGAACUAAACACUUUUGCUUAUAGUUUUUUAGCCUAAGUACAGAAUCUGAAAAUGAAAUGUUCAGCGAAAUCCGUGGAAUCCAUGAAUCCAUGGCUUCACUGCCAUGACUGGGUAUAGCUAUGAUGAUGGACCGCAGCAUGAUCGCAGUCGUUCGGACACAGUCGUGAUCUGUCCAAAUUUUUAACAGUUUACAAAUUUUUGCCAGGAUGGUUAUAUUUCUCAUCAUUCCUUGUUUUUUUUUUUUUUUUUUUUUAAUAGGAAACUUUACAUACUAUACGAGUGUUAUCUGUGUUCGAGUUUCAUCACUAUACAUACUUAAAUGAUGAUUUAACUGAGCGUGAAAACUUCAAAACUCGGCCUGACAGUUUAUUUCGUUUUCCGUCUCAGCUCACGUUAUGAUUUCGUAAGUUACGUCGCUUGGCAUGUUUACAAACUUCUGUCUGGUGCCUAUGUUGCCACUUGCCGGCUCGCUCGUUCCUAAAUUUCACCUCCUAUAUCUGUGCAAUUUGCAAUGUUAUUUAAAAGUUUUUCUAUACCAAUUGAUGCCAAGAGCUUGGUUUUAUGUUCGUGAUACAGGUCAUGAAGGACUUGUCGAUCAAUUAACAAAAAAAGCUAGCGAAGUCCGGGAGAUGGUCAGGCAUUUUACAAGUUGGCAGAUGGCAGGACCCCUUUAGCUAGCUGAGCUCCCUGUUUCAUACACUGAUAAAACAUGCUUUUUCAACCAAUGAGAGCGCACGUUAUAUCUGAAUUUUAUCGUAAUAUGGCUUAAGCCACUUUAUCUUUUCAUAUUAUCGUUUUUCCAUGAUAACUAUUUUUUUCUUUCAGUUAUCAAGAUGCAAACAACAGAGCUUUGUUCUGCUAUACUGCUUCGCUCAAGUGGCUUGGUAUUCGCCUCGAUUCUCUAAGUUCAGUCCUAGUUACUGUUGUAACUUUAGCAGCCAUUUUUCUUUCUGGUGAUACAGGUAAAUGACUUAUUCUCUUUUCUAACAUAUGUCGUAGUCAUUCUUCGCUUAGUGCCUAUGACUCAAAGAGAAGUCUUCGAGGAUCAAUAUUAUACAGCGACGAGUGAUAAUAAUAAUAGUGAAAUUGUCUUAUACCUGAGAAAUUCCUUUCAAGGUCUUUUUGAUAUAAAGACCCCAAAAAUGGGCGAAGUAUAAUAUUUUCUCGGAUUCUUGCAGAUCGGCGGUUGAUAUUUCUUCCGUUCCUCUUUCUCUAUUUUCUAUCGGUAUGAAGUUUUUAAUUUUAAGUGAUAUGAGAACUUCUUCUUUCUGUCAGUAUUUUAUCUUCGUUAGAGAAUGAUCAUCCAUCUCGGCCUCAAAGAUCUUCACGAAUCUAUCGCUUGCCAUCUGUCACUGACUGUUUUUCGAGAAAUUGCUGAUGAGCAGGAAUGACAUCAUUAACAUUAUUACCGUGGGAGAUACGGAGUCUUGGAAUCAGUUUCUUAUGGAUUUAACGUGUGGUGUGUUUGCCAGUAAUGAAAUUUUAUUGCAUUUUCUCAGCUUUAUCAGGCUUAUCAAUAAGCUACUGUCUGCAGCUCACCAACACAGUUCAGUGGAUGCUGCAGGCCAUCGGAGAGACGGAGAAUUACAUGACGUCCGUCGAACGAGUUUUGAGCUAUACACAACUUCAGCCGGAGCCAGGCUACGAUACAAUUACCCCACACACUCGCAGGGAUUGGCCUGAAAAUGGUUGCAUCACUUUUAAAGACGUGUCGUUGAGCUAUUUCCCAGGGGGUCCUCCUGUCUUGAAAAAUAUCAGCUUUACUGCCGCCGCCGGUGAGAAAAUAGGUAUUGUUGGACGGACUGGCGCUGGAAAGUCGUCACUUAUAGCUUGUUUGUUGCGCAUGCCUGCAAACACCGAAGGCGAAGUCAUAAUCGAUGGAAUUUGUGUUGCUGAUCUCAACGUCCAGGAUGUUCGCACCGCGAUUGCAGUCAUUCCUCAGAGUCCUUUCCUGUUCAAUGAUGUGCUUCGUCGAAGUCUUGAUCCAGCUGACAAAUUUUCUGAUGAAGAAUUGUGGGACAUUUUGGAGAAAGUUAAGCUGAAGUCGACUGUGGUUAAUAGAGAUGGACAACUUUACUGUCACGUGACAGAAAAUGGAGCUAAUUUCAGCGUUGGAGAGCGGCAGUUGAUCUGCUUCGCUCGCGCUCUUUUGUUCGGUAAAAAAGUUAUAGUGAUGGACGAGGCAACAUCCAGUGUGGAUACAAAAACGGAUGAACUCAUACAAAGUAUCAUUCGUAAAGAGAUGAAUCAUUGUACUGUUUUGACAAUUGCACAUCGUCUGAGCACUAUAUCUGAUUAUGACCGAAUAAUGGUGCUCAGCGAAGGGAAAAUUAUCGAAAUGGAUUCUCCUAAGGUUUUACUGAGCAACGAGCUCAGUUGUUUUUACCAGCUAUAUCACAGUAUGAAGUCCUAA